AUCCUUCCACCGCAAGAUCCACAGGUUCAUUUUUUUUUGGGUCAAAAGAUCCACAGGUUCAUCAUUGCUCUAUCAUGUAACAUACCCUAGACCUCAAUCCAACGGUCAGAACAUAUGGCCUUCCAAAGCUCAGCCCCCGCUGCUCACGAAAGACACAUGUUCUUAUGCUACUCCGCCGUGACAGCCUCCGUACUCUGGUAGAACGGCACCGUUCCUCCGAACCCGUGCUCAGAGAGAGCGAGGGAGCGAUGGCGGAGGAGAGCUCGCAUUCGGCGUCAUGGGGAUUGCUGGGGAAGCACUACGAGGAAGUGAAGGAGCACUGGAGGAGGAACCUCGCCUUCUUGGACUACUACAAGAAAACGCUGGGCCGCGCGGAGCCGCUCCCCAGAUGGACCGACGCCGACGUCGAGAAGUUCAUCGCCUCCGAUCCCGUCUACGGCCCUCAGUUGGAGGCUUUAAGGGAAUCAAGAAAGUAUGCCAUGGUCGGGGCGCUCCUUGGUGCAGCACAUUUAGGAGGAGUUUCGUGGAAAUAUUCAAAGAGCCUACAUGGUUUUGUUCUGGCUAUGGGUUUUGGAGCCCUCUGUGGUGGUAUCUUUGGUUCUGAAGUUGCAGAACACUGGAAGCAGCUCUACAAGAUCGAUAAGGAGGGUGCCAAUCUCAAGUUUCUGUACUGGUGGGAGGACAAAACACUAGAGAAGAAAAGCAAUUGAAACUUGCUCAGGGCGCUUGAUUCGUGCUCUCAGAUCGGCAGGUCAACAAAAGCGAAGCCCUGAUUGUGCGACUUGGGAUGAAAGAAAAAGAAAACCGUGCUUUUUUCUUUAGUCUCCCAAAUCAAAUAACAUGCUGUGGUGUCAAGGUCCUAACAAACCAUAUGUUUUCAUUUGUAAGUGUUUUACUUCAUUAUGUUGGAGGUGUGAUGGUUGAUCCGUUUUCUGGAUUCUUUUUGAUUUGCUGGGCUAUGUCAAUUUAUUGAUGGUAAAACUCGGCUUGUGCCCAAAAUCUGGCAUUAAUUUUCACCAGUUGGAUAAGGAUUUGUGCUGCCAA